AUGGCGGGCGAAGUGCGCCAGCCGAUAGACCUGCCAUCGCUGGAGCGGUAUCUGAACCAGACCGUGCCUGUAGUCAAGACCCCGCUGGACCUGAAACAGUUUGGCUUUGGCCAAUCCAACCCUACCUACCAACUUACCACCGCCGAUGGACGGAAGCUUGUGCUGCGCAAGAAGCCCCCAGGCAAGCUGCUUUCGAAGACAGCGCACAGAGUGGACCGAGAGUACCAGAUCAUUAAGGCCCUUGGACCGACAGAUGUGCCCGUACCGGAGGCGCUAUGCCUCUGCGAAGACAGCAGCGUGAUCGGCACCCCCUUCUACAUUAUGGAGUUCCUGGACGGUCGACACUUUACCGACCCAGGGUUACCCGGCGUGAGCGCGGAGGAGAGAAGUGCACUCUGGAAGUCUGCGGUGGAGACUCUAGCCAAAUUCCACUCGGUCGUCCCCAAGUCGGUUGGCCUUGAGGGCUUCGGCAAGCCGUCCGGAUUCUUCGACCGACAAAUCGCGACAUUCACAACAAUUUCGAAGGCCCAAUCCCAGGUUCUCGACAAAGAUACCAAGGAGCCCGUGGGAGAACUGCCACACUUCCAGGACAUGACGCAGUUCUUCGCGCAAAAGUCGACCCAGCCCCGCGACCGCGGCACGCUAGUGCACGGCGACUUCAAGAUUGACAACAUGAUCUUCCAUAAGACCGAGCCGAGAGUGAUUGGAAUUCUGGACUGGGAGAUGGCAACCAUCGGACACCCACUGUCGGACUUCUGUAACUUGACCAGCCCAUAUAUCUUGGAUUCGGCCGAAUACAAGAAGGGCCAGUUCCAGCCGGGGCGCAUACCAGGCUUGCCCUCGCGCGAGGACUGUAUUAGCUGGUACAGUGCGGUUUCGGGGUACAACCCGGCGGCGGAUAUUCUCUGGGGCGAUGCGUUCUUCGCCUUCCGAGGCUCUGUCAUUAUGCAGGGCAUUGCGGCACGAUUCGCAGCACGACAGGCUAGCAGCGCCCGCGCUGGCGACUAUGCCAAACAGGCCAAGCCGUUUGCCUUGGAAGCUUGGCGGCGAGUGAAGCAGGUGAAGCAGCUUUUACAGCAAAAGGGCAAACUAUAA